UGUCGGUGUGUAGCAGGGGGUGUGCAGUAUACGCUGAUGUUACUCUUGUAGUGCUGCUGUAUUGCAGUCAUGGAAGAGAUGAGGGUAGGGUACAGCAGCCUGUCCAGGCCUGACACACAGAUUAGAGCUGGGAACAGCUGAUCCCCGGGGUGGAGGCAGCAGACAGCCCCUCUGCACUCCAGCAUUCAGCAGUAUAACGUGGCUGAUAGGAGGGAGAUCCCAAUGGAAGUCUGUGCUACAGAGGGUGAAAUAGGAGAACAAUGUGCCUGAGAGGCCUCCCCCCUCCUCCUCCCUCUGACACUGGCUCUUCCCCUCCCUCUGCCGCCUGCACAGGAGCAGCAGAGCGGGGACCUCACACACUGAGCCGCGCACCUUCUACCUGCUGCGGGCCGCGCAAUGACGAGGACUGGCCCCGGUGCCCGCUAGCAGCAUGGAGGGAGGGACGGACGCCUUUCCCAGCUUCCUUGCAGCACCGUGCUCUGCGGGCAGGAUGGCAUCAGGAGGAGGCAGCAGCAACGUGGAGAGAAUAAUGAAGUCCUCGCUGCAUUUCGAGGAAGAUGACUUUGUUCCAGAGCUGCCACGGAGUAUCCACCCCAGGGAGAGGCCGGACUGGGAGGAGACUAUCAGUGCUAUGGCGCGGGGUGCAGAUAUUCCGGUUCCUGGCGAGUUCCCCAGCGCCGCAGAGCUCCCAGCGCGGUCCUGCGGUAACACUGCCAGCAUGAAAGUCAAGAACGUCAAGAAAAUAUCCUUCAGCAAAGGUCAUUUCCCGAAGCUGGCAGAGUGCGCCCACUUCCACUACGAGAACGUGGACUUCGGCAGCGUGCAGCUUACACUGACUGAGGAGCAGAAUGAAGUGAGCAGAAACGGCUGUGAGUCUAAGGAGCUGGUCUUCCUGGUGCAAGUCGCGUGUCAGGGCCGCAGCUGGAUAGUUAAACGGAGUUAUGAAGAUUUCCGGGUGCUGGACAAACACCUCCAUCUAUGUAUAUAUGACCGCCGCUUCUCUCAGCUCUCAGAGCUGCCCCGUUCCGACUCCGUGAAGGACAGCCCCGAGCUGGUCACACAGAUGCUGAUGGCGUACCUGUCACGCCUGUCGGCCAUCGCCGGUAACAAGAUCAACUGUGGACCAGCCCUGACGUGGAUGGAGAUCGAUAAUAAAGGAAACCAUUUGCUUGUGCACGAAGAAUCGUCCAUCAAUGUUCCAGCCAUCGCUGCUGCUCACGUUAUCAAACGAUACAAUGCGCAGGCCCCCGAUGAGCUGUCCUUUGAGGUGGGAGACAUCGUUUCUGUCAUAGACAUGCCACCGAAAGAGCUGACCACGUGGUGGAGGGGAAAGCAUGGAUUCCAGGUCGGCUUUUUUCCUAGUGAAUGUGUCGAAUUAAUCAAUGAUAAAGUUCCCCAAUCCAUGACCAACUCCGUGCCAAAACCAGUCUCCCCUGCACACGGAAUGAGGCCAGCGUCCUGGAGCUACUUCCCUCCCUAUUUGGAGAUGGAUAGUGUAAGGCCGGGACCAGCGUGCCUUUCUGAGGUACCCAGUCCCUACAAGCUGAGUUCAGUGUCCCGGAAACACGGCAAACUUAUCACAUUCCUGAGGACAUUCAUGAAGUCCAGACCCAGCAAGCAGAAGCUGAAGCAGCGAGGGAUCCUGAGGGAACGUGUGUUUGGCUGUGACCUCGGCGAGCAUCUUCUCAACUCUGGCCAGGAUGUCCCCCAGGUCCUCCGGAGCUGCACGGAAUUCAUAGAGAAACAUGGUAUUGUGGAUGGGAUCUACCGGCUGUCUGGCAUCGCUUCCAAUAUUCAGAAGCUUCGACAUGAGUUUGACUCUGAGCAGAUUCCAGACCUGACUAAAGAUGUGUACAUUCAGGAUAUUCACUGCGUUGGCUCCCUCUGCAAACUCUACUUCCGAGAGCUCCCGAAUCCUCUCCUGACUUACCAGCUGUACGAGAAAUUCUCUGAUGCGGUCUCUGCUGCCACAGAUGAAGAGCGACUGGUGAAAAUCCACGAUGUUAUUCAGCAGCUUCCGCCACCACAUUACCGGACGCUGGAGUUCCUUAUGCGGCACCUAUCCCGCCUGGCAACCUACUGCUCGAUCACCAACAUGCACACCAAGAACUUGGCUAUUGUCUGGGCCCCCAACCUGCUCCGAUCAAAACAGAUUGAGUCGGCGUGUUUUAGUGGCACGGCGGCCUUCAUGGAGGUGCGGAUUCAGUCUGUGGUGGUGGAGUUUAUCCUUAACCACGUGGAAGUGCUGUUCAGCCCCAAGCUGAGCGCUGUGAUACGCGAUGGUGCAGGCCACGCAUCUCUGUCUCGGCCCAAGUCUCUUCUGGUGUCUUCACCUUCCACAAAGCUUCUCAGCCUUGAGGAGGCCCAAGCAAGGACACAGGCACAAAUAAAUUCCCCGGUGGUGGCAGACAGCAAAUAUAUAGAGGUGGGAGAAGGACCAGCUGCUCUCCAAGGCAAAUUUCACACAGUCAUUGACUUUCCAUCCGAGAGGAAAAGACCACCCCCCAAAAUGAAGAAGUCUCCUGUUGGAAGUUGGCGCUCCUUCUUUAACCUGGGAAAGUCAUCCUCCUCUUCCUCCAUCUCCAAGAGGAAGCUUACACGUAAUCCAAGUGAGCCAUCAGAGAUGAAGGCCAUGGCUUUAGCAGGUGGAAGGGGAGAUACAGGAACCAUGCGCUCUGCUAAAAGUGAGGAGUCGCUGAGUUCUCUGCAUGCAGCGGACGGGGAGUCCAAGCUCUUCCGACCACGGCGUCCACGCUCUAGUAGUGAUGCCCUUUCUGCUUCUUACAAUGGGGACUUACUGGAAGGCUGCAACCGCUACAACUCUUAUGAUAAUCUACCCCAUGAUCAAGACAGCGAUGGGGAUGAGGGAUUGAUCCAUGUGCCCGCUAUGCUGGCUGGUCGAUGUCAGGAAGAGGAAGAUCUGAGCCCACCAGAUAUUGGCGUGGCCAGUCUAGAUUUUGACCCAAUGUCGUUUCAGUGCAGUCCUCCCAAGCCUGAAAGUGAACGUCUGAAUAGUAACCACAUAUUCCAUAUCGAUACCUCUCUGCUUAAUGAGAGGGUGCAAAUUGGACCCCAAACCCCCAUCAGCGGCAAUAGCUCGGAGCCCAUGUCUCCUUUUCAAGAGCGGAAUACUAGUCCAUUCCUAACCCCCAACCGCAGCCCUAGUGGAGAGAAGAUUCCAAAGGCUCCAUCCUUUGCUGAAAAAGUCGUGCAAGCAUUUUCUCCAAAAGUAGGACGCAAAGCGGUCAGAUCUCCACCAUUAACCAUUUCAGAUCCAGUCACCAUCUCAUUACCUAGCCGGGUAUCAGAAAUGAUGGGAAGUAUGCAGGGGUCCAUUGGGAGUAAUCAGUCUCUCGUAUGGUUUAAGGACAAUGGUUCUAGAGACUUCGGUACUGUUCAGGCCGCUACAUGCAAAUCUGAAGACACAGGACCUUUCCAGAUGCCUGUAUCCACUCUGAUAGAGCCACUAGUGACUACAGACACUUUCCUCACCUCUCAGUGGGCCUGCGCUGGGUUUGAGGUGGAAGACACACCAGGAAAGGUUUCUCCAGGAACAUCCCAUGUUCUGUGUAACACUGAGCCGACUUACACAGACUACUGCAACCAGGAACCAACGAGUAGCAAUGUUGUUGUAUCAUCUCAAAGGGAAGAUGCUGACAUGUCAGGAUUCGAGACAUCCAUCCUCACCCUGCCUACCCCUCCAGAAGCGCCUCUUGCAGAACCUCCGAUGGAUCCCGUUCCCGUUAGCAGCGUUUCCUUUAUUCCUCCACCACCUCCUCCCAAAAAUGCAGCCCGUAUGCUGGCAUUGGCAUUGGCUGAAUCUGCACAGCAAGCCUCCUCUCAAAGGAGACCUUCCUACUUCCAGUUCAUGGAGUUACCACUGCCUCCACCACCAGAGGAAGAGCCAACUCAGGAGCUCCCAUCCCAACCGGUAUCUCCUGCACAAACGCCGGCACCAGCCAGCACCCCGGAAACCAGUCUCAUCCUCACCCCAGCUACUGUGCCAAGCACAUCAUCAUCCUUCUCCGUUACCACUAUCCACUACAGCCCUGUGAGGAGUCUCACCUCUCUGCCAGGACAAAGCCCUUCAGCCGUCACUCCAGGACUGAGCCCUUCAACCCAGGUCCCUGGAUCUUUUUCACCUGAGGAAAUGCAGCCCCCUGGGCCCAGCGAAACGGGUUCCAGCUUUCCUAAGGAGUCCUUUGUGCCACCAUCUUCCUCGGAUAAGCCCAGUCCAAGGUCACAUUUCCACCAGAGGUCGGAGUCUUUUCCUUCACAUCCUACACAGAGUGCCGGCCCACCAGCCCCACCAAUCAGAACUAUGGAGAGCCGAUUAGCCACUGCCUUGCACUCUACUUACAACGAUGCAAUCACAGCCAGCAAUUACCACUCCUUUCUAAAUACAAUGAUGCUGCCAUCAUCCCUGGAAGACGCACUGCCGAGACACAACUAUUCCGCUCAUACUAAGUCUGAGAAUAUGAUGGAACAAGGUGCUAACUACAGACAUCCUUAUCCUUCCCAGGCCAAGGCCGAAGAUAAGCCUGAAAUGGGAGAUGCAUACAGACACCCCUAUCCAUCCACUGGUAAGCUUGAGAGCACAGACAUUGGUUACAGACACCCAUAUCCUACCCAGGUGGAACCAGAGAAUAUUAAUGACACGUUUGUGCAUCAUAAACCAUCUGUUCUUCCCAAGUCUUACAGAGCUGACAUUGCACCACUACAUAUGGCUUCCCAACCAUAUGCGUCCCGCUGUGAAACACCCUCCUCAAACUCUACACUAUAUAGCACCUAUAUAAACCAGGCCAAACACUGUGCAAUGCAGCACUCCAGGACAAGGAGCCGUCCUGAUUAUAUGGCAUCUAUGAGUCCAGGUUUACGGAAUUACUCAGAGGAAACUCCACCAUAUCCAACCAUAAGACGGGUGCAGUCCCUGCAUGUGCCUAUGCAACCUCCAGUGCGCGCAGUCCCUAUUUCCAGGACAGAGGUCCCUCCAGAUGAUGAGCCAGCUUACUGCCCACGUCCUGUGUACCAGUACAAAGCAUGUCCAACAAUCAAUUCUUCAUCCGAUUACCAUGUCACACAGCUACAGCCUUACUUUGAGAAUGGGAGAGUACAUUAUCGUUACAGUCCCUACACGGGGAGCACCACAUAUUAUUCUUCAGACGGCACCUUCUAUGAUAUGGAUCCGUACAGCACCUUACGCCUGCGUCAGUUUCACCUCUAUCCGAGCCGUGAUUUUGCUUCUUAUACCACAAGAUUGCAGCCUAAGUCCACAUAUCGACCGCAAGGACUGGCUGCAUGUUCCAGAGGUAAUUUACGCGAGCACAAUUUCAUUAGUCGGGAUGUCCCUCCUGCAUUACCACCUGAACAUUCUCGGCCCCUACACAUCUCCUGGGAUAUGGAGGAUAUGGACCGGUACAGACUGCAGUCCCUAAGACGUGAGAACAAGCCACGGCAAAGAGCCAAAGGAUCAGUGAUGUCUCAGUACGAUAAUGUUACCCCAUCACUGGUGGAGGAUAUAGCAGGGCUGGAUGUGAUUCAUCUAAGAAGUCGGUCGGACCCAGGAAAGGCUCCUGGUCUUUUAAGCGUUGCUGAAAGUAAAGAUAUGCGAUAUCCGGGAAGAACAGAGGGUGAUGAACGCCUAGCACAUCCUCCCCCAGUGUACGGAAAUGGCCAUCAGGAUAAGCCAUCUCUACCACAAAAGCAGACUGGGGUAAGUAGGAAUAGAAUACAGCAUGACUUGACUUCUGAGCAUCGGCCUCCACCUCCGCAGGAGACAGGCCACAGACAGCCCUCUGAUGGAAGAAAUGGUCCGCCAUUUCCACCUGUAGAAUACAGCACUAAAUCCAUGCCACUGCCUACUGAGCCCAUAUCCAAUAAAUACAAUGUGAAUCUACAGGAACCAAUAAGGCUCAAUCACAAGGAAGCGAGACUGUCAGAGGAGAAAGAGCGGUCACUUGCCAGGCAGGCUGACAGCUCACAUCGAGACUGUUACAGAGAGGACUCCGCUCAGUUUUCUUCUGCUACAGCUCCACCUAAGCCAGAGAGGAGCCAUAGCCUGCGAGGCCAUAACCCGGAGGCUUUGGAAAGAGACCCUGCAAUUUUCUAUCCCUAUCAAACAAUCCAUGGAAAGCUGCAUAGCUCCAUAACUGCACUGUCCCAAUAUGAUAACGUGGCAGAUUACCAUUCCAUACCCCAUCACAGAUCAACAAGCCACUCUACCCCAAAUGCCUUCCCCGUUCCACAUGGUCGGACCUAUGCUACUGCAUUGGGCCAGGGAGCUUUCCUAGCUGCAGAGUUGUCCCUGCAGAGAGCAGAGGCAAAGGUCCAUGCGGAGUAAGGUGCUGCCAGGGAAAGAGGACUCAUUCUUAUUAGGCAGACCCCUGCUGGACAGCGGACUGUUUUAUUUUUUCAGAAGACGAAAAGACAAAAAAAAGAAAACCAAAUUCUAGAUGCGCCACAAUAACUUCAAUACACAAAUACACAACUAGCAAUAUACAUGGACACUGAUACACCUGCACUUCAUUCCAUUGUUAAAAAUGUUGUAAACAGUGAUGACCUAAUCCUGUACUGUUUGUCCCCCUUGGUAUCCUUCCUAAAUGUGGAGGAACACAGAGAGGAAUAAAGAACUAUUUAAUCCAUAUUGGGUUUGUUGUGUAUAUAAUACAGGACGUUUAUGAUGUUCCUUCAACCUGUGCUACGUAUCAUGUUAUGGCCUCUUGACGUGGCGUCUGUAUUUCAGGAUCUCCUUGUGUAUAAAAGGUCAGUUAUGGAAUAUGAAUGAAAUAGUCAUUGAAUUGAUGCAUGUGCAUGGUAGAGCCACAUCCCUAGAACUAUGGUGUGUAAUCCACUAUAAAAAACAAUGCAGCCACUAAAUCUCAGCAGCAAAACUGUGACUUUUACUAUAUAAAAGGUUUAUAUUAACUGUCCUCAUAUGAAAUCCGUUACUACAAAUAAAGACCAGGAUCACUUAUCCCCACAGUCCGUUACUUACAUGUUUUGUUCUUUCCCUUAAAGAAAAUAUAGCCAUAUUCUAUGUCUUCUCAGAAUUCUGUGUAAUAGUUACUGUGUGUAACCACCAUUUAAUUAGUGAACGUUUGUUUUCUAGACAGAGUUGCAGAAAGUCUAUAUUUUUGACUGUUGUAUUCUUGGAAUAAAGUCCUCAUCAUUGCA